GUAAUAGAGCCAGGUCACUCACGUAUCCAGUGUUAUCUCAUUUCGGCCUUGACCGUCGUCCAUACGUUGUAACUGUAAGGAUCGUAUCAAGGUCUCCAGUUCAGUAGCUUUAGACUAGAAGUCUUGACGCGUGCUCACAAUCUGCUAUACUCCCGUCUCUACUUCCUGCAAGACUCUGCACCGGAACAUCAUUCCAGGCCGUCCUACCAGUCUUACCAAGUCAUCCAGCCCAGCCAUGCCGACAUGCCUGUUGAAAACCAAUCUGAAGGACAGCGAGAUCCCUGAAGAUCUGGAGGUCACUUUGGCGCAGACCAUCUCAAAGGUUCUCAACAAACCCAUGGCGCGAAUGAACACAACGAUACAGAGCGGACUGCGCAUGUACCGCCUGGAGAGCACAGCCCCGACCUGCUUCCUUCAGAUCCACUCAAUAGACGUGUUUGACAAAGAGAGGAACCCAGCCUACACUCAGCCUAUCAUAGACUUCCUCAAGAAUGCCUUGAACAUCGACGGAAAUAGAAUUGUUAUCCAGUAUCUUCCGUUACACCUUCAUAACGUGGGAUUAGAGACGCCGUUGUAGACGUCGUCGUCAACAGUAUCGACGCGUCGUGCGUCACUGAUGGUAGUCACAGAGUUGCGUCUGGACACGGCCUAUGUACAAUGCAUAUAUGCCAGAAUGAAAAUCAUCAGCAUUUAAAUAAAUCUGAACGUUCAAUACAAAUGUC